AUGAAGGCCCAAAAUCUUCUCUUAGCAAUCGUAGCAAUAAUUUUUAUUCUAAACAUUAAACCCUACGGAGCUGCAAGAAUUCUUGAUAAAGAACAAAAACAGUGGAUGAAAAUGGGACAUCUGCUGUUACCGUCCUUGAAGACCGUUAACCCGCCUUCGCCAAAUGGAUGCACGUGGGUCGGUGGCAGUGGUGGUAGACCAUGCCGGAGCUCUAUCAGCGAGAAGAAUUUUGCAGGGCAUAGUGUGGCGACGGCGCCGCCACCACCCCUGCUUGCAGCUGAUGAUGCCUAUCCAGAGCAAACGGUUCAGUUUGGAAUGGCUACUAAUAGUAAAUAA